UGUGUGUGUGUGUGUGUGUGUGUGUAAAGGAUCAAGAAAACCAAGAUGAGAUCCAAAACCCAGAACUACAUGUCGACCAACAUCAACCUCAAGCUCAUCCUCAUCUGCCUCGCCUGCCUCUUCCUCCUCUUCUUGAUCCUAAGAUCAAAUUACCAAUCUCCAGUACCCAUCAGCACCUCAUCAUCAAACAACUCAUCCACAAAUGACGAUUCCCCACAAGAAGAAUAAUCACAAAAAUCUUCCACAGAUUGCCCACCAAUUGAAAUCCCCACUACUGUUACGCCACCACUAACAUGCAACAAGAUCUCACCUUCCCUGGCGGAAGCCAUGGUCCACUACGCAACCUCCAACGUGACGCCGCAGCAGACGAAGAAGGAGGUCUUGGUCUCACUCAGGGUCCUCCAGAGGAAGUCUCCGUGCAACUUCUUGGUCUUCGGACUGGGACGCGACAGCCUCAUGUGGAUUGCGCUCAACCACGGCGGCCGCAUUGUCUUUCUCGAGGAAGACAAAUCGUGGGUCGAUCAGAUUACGAAGCAGUUGCCCAGUUUGGAGUCUUACCAUGUGGUUUAUAAUACCAAGGUAACUGAAGCAGAUGAACUGAUGGAGGUUGGAAAGAGGGAGGAUUGCAAGGCUGUGGUGGAUCCUAGGGAAUCAAGGUGUGAGCUAGCCCUGAAAAGGUUUCCAAGUGAGGUGUACGACAUUGAUUGGGACUUGAUCAUGGUCGAUGCACCAACUGGGUACCACGAUGGGCCUCCUGGGAGGAUGACUGCCAUCUACACUGCUGGACUCAUGGCUAGGAACAGAGAGGAGGGCGAGACCGACGUGUUUGUUCACAAUAUCGACAGGGUUGUGGAGGAUAAGUUCUCCAAGGCAUUCUUGUGUGAAGGCUACUUGAUAGAGCAAGAAGGGAGGAUCGGGCACUUCACCAUUCCCAGUCAUAGGGCUCGCUCUGGCAGACCCUUUUGCCCCUAGACUCUCUCUCUCCCCUCU